CACGUUCUCUCCUUCUCUGUAUGUACAACUCCCGUUCUCUUUACAUACUGUUCCUUGCUGAACUCAAGGUUUGUUUUCUUCACCUCCCUCCCUCCCUCGCCCCGUAUUUCCCCCAGUCAGACCAGUCAGUUCAGUAGUCACCUAGAUGGAGAUGUGGAGGUGGAAGUAAGAAGUGGAGAGGAGAAAGUAUGAGAAGAGGGAGAGUCAUCAACGUGGUCAAGUUUCUUGUUGAAGAUAUCCACAGGAAAGGGACAUUACUCAGAUCAUUAGACGGGAGGCCAGACACUCCAUAUUCAUCCCAGUUCCCGAUGACUUUGUAGCUCAAGACUGCUAGUCCACUUAUUCGCACAUUGUCUUCCU